UGUUUCUCCACAGAACCCGCAGCAGAACGACCCGAGGAUGGAUCACCAUUCAGCCAGGGAACCGGAGCGGGAACCGGGGGAUGCGGGGGACCUGUACCCGGGGGAGCCUGCUAGCCUCUCUGCUGAGGACAUCAGCUCCAGCUCCAACGGACCCAAACAAGACCAGCUGUUUGACGACGACACCGAGGAUCUGUUUGCAGAGGCCACCGAGGAGGUGUCGCUGGACAGUCCGGAGAGGGACGUCCUUCUGUCCGAAGGGCCGUCUCCCGCCAUCACCCCCAUCACCCCGCCCAUCUCCGUCAUCACGCCGCGGCUCGGCCACGCCUACGACGACAUGUUCACACACUCCUCCUUCGACGAGAUGGAGGAGGACGACGGCAGCGACGCCUUCGACAUCCACAUAUCCGUGUCCGACCCGGAGAAAGUGGGUGACGGGAUGAACGCCUACAUGGCCUACAAAGUCUCCACCAAGACGUCCAUGUCCCUGUUCAAGCUGCAGGAUUUCUCGGUGAAGAGACGCUUCAGCGACUUCCUGGGUCUGCACGGGAAACUGGCGUCCAAGUAUCUGCACGUCGGCUACAUCGUCCCGCCGGCCCCGGAGAAAAGCAUCGUGGGGAUGACGAAGGUGAAGGUCGGGAAAGAGGAUCAGUCGUCCAACGACUUCGUGGAGAAGAGGAGGUCUGCCCUGGAGAGGUACCUGAUGCGGACGGUGAAACAUCCCGUCCUGCUGAAGGAUCCGGACGUGCUGCAGUUCCUGGAGAGUUCGGAGCUGCCGCGGGCCGUCAACACGCAGGCGCUGAGCAGCGCCGGACUGCUGCGGAUGGUCAACAAGGCCGCCGACGCCGUCAACAAGAUGACCAUCAAGAUGAACGAGUCCGACGCCUGGUUCGAGGAGAAGCAGCAACACUUCGAGAACCUGGACGUCCAGUUGAGGAAACUUCACGCCAGCGUUGAGUCUCUGGUCUGUCACAGGAAAGAGCUGUCGGGGAACACGGCCCAGUUCGCCCGCUCGGCGGCCAUGUUGGGCAACAGCGAGGACCACACGGCUCUGUCCCGGGCUCUGUCCCAGCUGGCCGAGGUGGAGGAGAAGAUCGACGCGCUGCACCAGGACCAGGCCAGCGCCGACUUCCACCUGCUGUCGGAGCUGCUGGGGGACUACGUUAGGCUGAUCAACUCUGUCAAGGCCGUCCUGGACCAGCGCGUCAGGACGUGGCAGAAGUGGCAGGAUUCUCAGCUGCUGCUGCAGAAGAAACGAGAGGCUGAAGCUAAACUGCAGUUUACCAACAAACCGGACAAGCUGCAGCAGGCCAAGGACGACAUCAAGGAGCUGGAGGACAAGGUCCAGCAGGGGGAGCGGGACUUUGAGCAAAUCUCCAAGACCAUCCGCAAGGAGGUCAGCAGGUUCGAGAGGGACCGAGUAAAGGACUUUAAAAUGAUCAUAAUUAAAUACCUGGAGUCGCUGGUUCAGACGCAACAGCAGCUGAUCAAGUACUGGGAGGCCUUCCUACCUGAAGCCAAGGCCAUCUCAUAAACUACACUACCCACAAUGCACCUCCCCUCCAGCCCCGCCCCCACUUCCUGUUUGAGACCAGAGUGAAGAAGAGGAGCCAGAAUCAGCUCAGACUUUUCUGUGGUUGAGAACGAAGCAGCAAACAACGUUAACGGACAUUCAUUCUGACAAAAUAUCGGUUUUUAAAUUUAAACCUGAACGUCUAGUGUAUCAUUCCCAUCUUUCAUCAAUAUGAUUAUUGUUUUUUUGUACUUUUCCUGCUGAGAAAGCUCUUCCAUACCCGUGACUGAAAACUACAUUACCCAUGAGCACCAGCUACGGAACAGUAGUAAGGAGAAAAAUGAAAAUAACAUUUUAAAGGAGGAAGAUCUUUUUUUCAUUAUGCACUUCGAGAAAAAAGUCUAAAUUUUGAGAAAAAGGUACAUUUCGUGAAUAAAAUUGAAAUGUUGAGAAAAAAGGUGAAAUUUCGACUUUAUUCGCGAAAUUUCGACUUUCUUCACGAAAUUGUAUUUCAACAUUAAUCUCGACAUUUCGACUUUUUUCUCGAAGUGCAUAACGAAAAAAAAUCUUCCUCUAAGAUAUUUUUUUUCUUUCUCCUGCCUGGCCCUGAUACUCUUCCGUACAUGUGACUAGAAACUACAUUACCCAUGAGCACCGGCAGCAGAUGAAAUGAGAAGUUAGUUUUCCUGUUCUCGUCCAGAGAGUCUCUCCCCUCUCCGUUGCCCAGCAACCGAGCCGGCGGGUGUUCUGCUGGGAUGUGUAACGCUGCAGUGCAUUGUGGGUAGUCGCGGCUGAUUUCUGCUCCUCUAGUUGCCUCGGUUUGGCGUCGACGCCCCGCGGCGGCUCUUCUUCUUCUUCUAUUCCGAGUCGCCAGAAUGUUGAAGUUUCUGAGCUUUUAUUUUGAAGGUUGGAACUCGAGCAGCUGGACCCUCACUUCCUCUCAUGCCCCUUCAAAAUAAGAGCCUGUGUUUGUGUUGCUGCAUGAUCGAGAGUGAAGGCAACAUUUCCCUGUUUUUGUUGUUUGAUCCGGAGCUAAUCAUCUCAUUUUUAUACAAAGCUUUUUCAGGAUUCGCAUGAUCGUCUGCAGGUCCGAAUCAGACGUCUGUCCAAGCCCGUUUUCCGUCCGUCUUUGGUGAAUGUUCCGUCCCUCGUAGCGUAGCGCUGUGUAGCGCUGCGCCGCGCCGCGGCAACAACUUUAGUUAUUAUUAUUAUUAUUUCAAACCAACCAUUUCUGCUGCAGGCGGCGCUCGUUAGACACGUGUCUUCUGAUUGGUGGAACUGGACGUCCCUCUUGUUGGACGUCUCUCUUUCGACCUUUUUCUCGAUAUUUCGACUUUUUUCUCGAUAUUUCGACUUUUUUUCUUGACAUUUCAAGUUUUUUCUCGAGAUUGCACUUCAAAAUUAAUCUCAAAAUUUCGAUUUUUAUUAUCGUUAUUAUUAUUAUUAUUAUUAUUAUUAUUAUUAUUAUUAUUAUUAUUAUUAUUAUUAUUAUUAUUAUUAUUUCAAACCAACCAUUUCUGCUGCGGGCAGCGCUCGUUAGACAGCUGUCUUCUGAUUGGUUGAGCUCCUGGAGGCCUGCGGAUGAGGGGGCGGGGCUCUAGCUAAGCUCUGCCUCCAAACGUACCGACGUUCCUCGUUUAAAUGCAGGUCAGGUAUUUGUGGGCGGGGCUUCAGCCUUUCCGUCCAAUCAGUUGACGUCCAAUCAGACCAAUGACAUCACCUGGGGGCGGGGCUUCGUGGACACGCCCACGUUACUUUAUUGAAGUUAUAAAAGUUAUGACGGUUAUUAAAGUCCUGCAGACUCCGGGGUUUUAGUUUCGGCCCCACCAGAGUAAAAAAUCGAAAUCUUGAGAAAAAAGUCGAAAUGUUGAGAAAAAAGUCGAAAUGUUGAGAUUAAUGUUGAAAUACAAUUUCAAGAAAAAAGUCGAAAUUUUGUGAAGUCGAAAUUUUAUGAAUAGAGUCGAAAUUUCGAGAAUAAAGUUAAAAUACAUUUCGACCUUUUUCUCGAAAUUGUAUUUCAACAUUACACCGGAGUCGUCUCAGACGUCCAGAACCUGCAGAGGACCCGGACCCAGACCCGGACCCGGACCUGGAACCAGACCGGGACCCAGACCUGAACCUGGACCUGGACCGGGACCCGACCGAACCUGAACCCACGUGAUUGAAGACUUUUGUUGUUGGAUCUUUGACGUUGUUGCUGCAGAACCUCCUGAAACGUUGAUUUGAUUUGUCUGUAUUUUGUUUCUGGUCCGGUUCGUCUCGACGUCCCCGCGGUGGACGGACGUCCCAGACGCUAAUAAAGGAAUGUAUCUCCUCCA